AUGGAGCCUCAGGACCCCGUGCCGGUGCGGCAGAGAGGGAUCGCGAAGCAGCAGACGCCGCAGGAGGCGAUAGAUGAGUUUUGGGCCAAGUUCACGACAAAGGCGCCAGGCAAAGCAACAACUGUGAUACCGCAAAAUCCAUAUACUGCUAGAGUGGCUAGAAAGAACGCCAAGUCUGCAUCCUCAUCAACCACUACUCAGUCUUCUUACGAAACGGCGGCGGCUAUGUGCCGAGCCAAAGUCGAGAAGAUUGUCCAGGAAUGCCGGCGCGUCAACAAAAAGUAUCGGGAUCCUCAUUUUGACGUCGAGGCCGAUCUGAAGCUCGGCCGCCGAGACUGCCUGGAGUCUCUCUCCAAUUUUGAUCCUCUCGAAAAUCCGGGCAAGGACUUUCGACCAGGAAGCGCCAAACGAGUCGUGGAGAUAUUCGACAAGCCGCAGUUUUACAUCGAAGGGCCGACGGCUAACGACGUGAGACAGGGGAGAGAUGGAGACUGCUGGCUCAUGUCGGCGUUGUGUACGCUGAGCAACAAGAAAGGGCUGAUUGAGAAGUUGUGCGUAGCGCAUGACCAGGAUGUUGGCGUUUACGGCUUUGUCUUCUUUAGAGAUGGCGAGUGGAUUUCGGAGAUUGUGGAUGACUUUCUCUACCUCACCAAGUCAGACUACGAUGAGAAACACUGGGAACGAGUUCUCUUUGACGAGCUUGAGCGUGCGAAUCCGGAAGAAGCCUACCGCAGAGUGUACCAGUCCAACAGCAGCGCUCUUUAUUUCGCCCAGUGUCAGCAUCCUCAGGAGACUUGGCUUCCGCUUCUUGAAAAGUGCUAUGCAAAGGCACACGGAGAUUAUGCUGCCAUUGAGGGUGGGUAUGGAGGCGAAGGCAUUGAAGAUCUCACAGGCGGAGUUACGUCCGAGAUUUUCACGACCGAUAUUCUUGACAAGGAGUAUUUCUGGAAAGAGGAGCUCAUGAAAGUGAACCAAGACUUUCUCUUUGGCUGUAGCACCGGGGUAUGGGGAGUGAACUGGGGAGAAAGAAAAGGCAUCCUCGAGCUUCAUUCCUAUUCCAUACAGAAGGCUGUAGACAUUGAUGGCAAACGCUUACUUCGACUCAAAAAUCCCUGGGGAAAGGGAGAAUGGAAAGGCCCUUGGAGUGACGGCUCCAAAGAGUGGACUCCUGAAUGGCUGGUGAAGCUUGACCAUCGGUUUGGCGAUGAUGGUGAUUUUUGGAUCGCGUAUGAAGACUUGCUUCAGAAAUAUCAGGCUUUUGAGAGAACUCGGCUAUUUGAUGACAGUUGGCAAGUAUCUCAAAUCUGGACUACUAUCAACGUUCCCUGGAUGCUGGACUACCAUGAUACUCACUUCUCUUUGAACAUUACUCAACCUGGCCCCGUCGUUAUUGUGCUAGCUCAGCUGGAUGACCGUUACUUCCGCGGUCUUCACGGACAAUACAGAUUUGAGCUAGCGUUUCGCAUCCAUAAAGCUGGACAUGAAGAUUAUCUUGUCCGUAGCCAAGCGCAGUACCGCAUGAGACGCUCAGUCAAUGUCGAACUCGAUUUGGAGGCAGGUCAAUAUGACGUUCGUGUCAAGAUUGAUGCAAUUCGCCUGAAUAAAAUUUUACCUAUUGAGACCGUCAUCCGAAAUAAUGCUAAGAAACGGCGAGAGAAACUGAUGCGCAUCGGUCUCGCAUACGAUCUCGCACAUAGCAAAGGCAGAAUCGUGGAAACUCCAGAAGAGAAAUCUGCAAAGGAAGCGCACGAGAAACGUGUCAAAGAUAAAGAGCUCCGUGAGGUCAAAGACAGAAUUAUUGCUCGUCGCAAGGAUGAUUACUAUCUCAAAGUGAAACAGCACAUGAGAAGCCAGAAGCAGGAAAAGAAACGAAAAGAAAAACGGAAA